CUCUCAUCCCAGGGCGGAACAAAAGGGAGUGGGGCGCGAGAAGAUGACGUCACGGUAGCCGGGUGGGAGCCGUGGUUGCCCUGGGUUCUCCUUCUGCUGAGGGUGCAGCCUGAAGACCGUUCCGUGGGCGACGCCGUCGCAAUGACCAUUUGUCAGUUCUUCCUUCAAGGCCGGUGCCGCUUUGGAGACCGGUGCUGGAACGAACAUCCCGGCGCCGGGAGUGCAGGCGGGGGACGGCAGCAACAAACCUCAGGACUGUUCAUCCAGCUUUUCAUCUUGCUUUGUGGUUUCAGUUCUGAUCCCUCUUCUUGGAGACUGUCCUUUUGCAUCACCCACAGUAGUAACAGACGUGGAUGGAAUACCACCAACCAGAGAUACUCCAGCGUUAUCCAGCCAUCCAGCUUCUCCAAAUCCACACCAUGGGGGGGCAGCAGAGAUCAAGAAAAGCCAUCUUUCAGUUCUUUGGAUUCUGGAACUUCAACCAGCAGGAACAGGGGGUUUGGACCGUCCCAGAAUCCAUUUGCUUCACCCAGCUCUGAUGAGCAGAAAGAUGAAAAGAAACUUCUGGAAGGAAUUAUAAAAGAUAUGGAAGUUUGGGAAUCUUCAGGGCAGUGGAUGUUUUCUGUUUAUUCACCAGUGAAAAAGAAGCCUAACAUUUCAGGUUUUACAGACAUUUCACCAGAGGAGUUGAGACUUGAAUACCAUAACUACUUAACCAGCAAUAACUUACAGAGUUAUCUAAAUUCCCUCCAACAGUUAAUAAAUCAGUGGAGAAACAGAGUAAAUGAACUGAAAAAUCUAAAUACAUCAACUAACAUAGCUUUGCUCGCAGCUGUGAAAGAUGGAGUAAAUCAAGCGGCACCUACCUUUGGAUUUGGCAGUAUGCAGGGAGUACCAUUUGGGUCACCAGAUCCUGAAAAGAGAAGACAUAGCCUACUUACAUUUCAGAGACACUCUCCUGCCAACCUGAGACCCUGGCUGGCUGUCUUCCAUGACCGGCAUGCCUGCAGAGCAGCGUAGCUGCUACAGAAAGCUACGCUGUGAAGUCACAACGUUCCCUCUCGGGCUGCUUCGACCCACACCAUAGAAAGAGUCACUAUGAAGAUGCUCCAACCUCCAACCUCUCAGAGGUGACACUGCCCCAGACGGAUACCUGACUUCUCAGCCCUUCUCCUGAUCCACUGGCCUUGUGGCGAAUGUCUCUGCCUGUCCCUUAUCCAGCCAACCCACCACCUGGAAGCCGCGAAUCAGCACUUCUGGCUAACUGACUGCAGCAUCUCUCAGAAGCAUGUCGUAUAUCCUUUCUGCUUCUAAUGCCUGACUUUUAAAAAAAAAUGAUCACAAA